AUGUCUCUGCUGGCUGCCAUGCUGCUGCUGCUGCUGCUCUGGGAUAGUAACGCUGAAGCUUUCCUAUGGGUAGACCCUCAGUCCCUGCUGGAACCCUGGGCAAACGUGACACUGACCUGUCAGUCUGCUUUCCCUACCAAGGACUUCCAGCUGAUCAUGAAUGGAUGGCGCCGGCAUAGAGUCAACCAUGAUAAGUAUGUCAUGUCACACCAGUUCCCACUGGGAGCAGUCACAAGUGACAACAAGGGUGUCUACCGCUGCCGCUGUGGCGUGGAGCCCCCAACUCCUAUACUGACAGACCUGAACAGGUGGACAAUGCUAAGCAAUCUUGUGGAGGUGACAGGAACAGAGCCCUUGCCCGCACCCUCGCUUUUGCCUGACCCAGUGCCCUGGAUCAUACCUCACGUGGGCACAUACCUACUGUGCCACACUGCAAUGCGGGGUGUAACUUUCCUACUGAGGAAGGAAGAAGAUGAUAAUUUCCUGAGGGUGAGGAAAGCCCAAGACAAUGUAGUAGCCAGGUUUAUAGUCCGACAUCCUGGUAACUACCGCUGCAGCUACCAGACUCACACAGAAGGCACCCCCUCUGAGCCCAGUGCUGCUGUGACCAUCACGGAGUAUGCUAAACCACCUGCGCCCAUGUUGGCUUUCUUGGAAACUUACCAAAUGGUCCAGCACCCCAGCUCAAAUGCGGUCCUUGCCUGCAAGGCUCCUCGGAAUGUAUUUGAAUUCCAACUCAGGCAAGGGGAGAAGGUGCUAAACAUUCAUGGGGUCAGACCUCUCCGAGAACUCAGCCUGUACUACCUGAACUUUACACUGAUGGAUGACCAAAGCCCUUUAACCUGCCGCUACCGUCUACACAGAAUGUUGGAUACUUGGUCCGAAGACAGUGAACCCAAAGAGCUAAUAUGGAGUGAUGAGACACAACCUGCACCAGUGCUCACUGCAGAGCCUUCGAGUCAUGACCUUGAACCUGGCUCAACCGUGCAUCUUCGAUGUACUGCACCCAAGGCUGGCCUCCGUUUUGGCCUACUACGCCAAGGUGACACAGCUUACCCCGUGAUCCAGAUGUUGAAUCCAUCUGGGACCGAAGCUGUCUUUGAGCUGCACAAUAUCUCAACAAUAGACUCUGGCAACUACAGUUGUGUCUACAUGGAACAGGAACCGCCCUUCUCAGGAUCUGCUCCCAGUGAGCUCUUGGAGCUGCAUGUGAAUGGGCCACCACCCAAGCCAAAGCUCGAAGCUCUGUGGACAGGCAUUGUUCGGCUGGGCCGUGAAGCCAAAUUUCGCUGCCAUGGCCAUGCGCGCAUGGUCCACAUGGAGCUGCUUCGUGAGGGCUUUCACACACCCUUGUGGAUGACUCAAGCAAUGAGAAGCACCACAGCUGACCUGAAGCUGCCCUUCGUGGGUCCCCAACAUUCAGGCAACUACAGCUGCCGCUAUACCGCCAUGUCACCCUUGAGCUUUGAGUCCGUGAUCAGCGACCCUGUGGAGGUUACAGUAGAAGAAGCUGUGAUGGAAGGCAUCAGAGUGUGUCCAAAUCAAUGCGUUAUCCCAAAUGACUCACCUAGAACAAACCAGAACAACCAAACAUCUUCAGAGCUGAACCAAUAUUUUGUUCCCUUCAAGCCUCAGUGGAGCCUGAGACUGAAGCCUGAAGUGCUGAUCUCUGAAGCAGAACUUGCACUCUUGGGAAUGAAUCAGGAAUCCAGAAUCAUCAUAAUUCCUUCCACUGGAAGUGCCACCGAUGAUCUAACCACCUCCGAGAGCUCCCUUUUCCAAGACACCACCACUUCAAUACUCAUGAACCCCAACAGGAAGGCAAGCCGCCUCAGGGCGGUGCAGGAAGCCGGCUCCCGCGGUGGGGAGACUAUUUACCAGCGGGAUUUAAACCCGCUACAGAGAGGGCGUGGCCAUGGAAAGGCGGUGCAGCUCGGGUAG